UCCAGCUCCCUGCUCGAGCACCGGCAUCUCAUCGGAGACGAAGCCACCGGCCUGACGAGCUAUGAAGCCGCCGAGGACGCCCAGGAGCAGCAUCGCGCUCGCUUCCUGACCUGGAAGGGCCUUCCCGAGACGUCGAGGACGGCAGAGGACUGUCCCCGGCCUCUCCUGCUAUCCUUUGAAUCAACGCCGACUUUCACCUUGGGCCGUCGACAAGAGGAUCUCACCGCAGAGCAAAAGGCGCAUCUGGAGCGGCCAUUGGACGUUCAUCUCCUGCGGCAUCCCGAACCCAUCAGCAGCGUCUUUCAUCCGCUGGUCAAGAAGACGAACCGCGGAGGCCUCACCACGUAUCACGGCCCCGGGCAGCUUGUCCUCUGGCCGGUGCUGGACAUGCAUUCCUCGCUCUAUCCCAAGUACAGCGUCUCUACGUUUGCCAGCCACCUCGAGGCCACAACACAGCAGUUCCUUUCUGACCUAUUCGACAUCAAAACAUAUACCAACCGCGACGAGCCCGGCGUCUGGGUCCACGCACCAUCCGGCCAGCCGCGCAAGAUUGCGGCCCUGGGGGUCCACCACCGGCGGUACGUCACGGCGCUCGGCACGGCCAUCAACAUUGACGUCGCCGUCAAGGGCACCGAGGAGGUGAAUCCGUGGGCUCGGUUUGUGCCGUGCGGGCUCGAGGGGAAGCGGGCGACGUCUGUGGCUGCGGAGCUGGGGGGUGCUGCGCAGGGCAGGGUGUUUGAUUUGAAGGGUUUGGCGCGGCAAUGGGCGGCGAUUUUUGAGGAGGGCUUGGUGGACGCGUCGAGAAGGGGCGCUGAU